AUGGUCAGAUACGUUUUCCAGAAUGAGCUAAUAAAUCACGACUGCACUUCCAUUGAUCAUCCGGCUAUUGACAGCAUAUCGCAGAAGUUAAAUGUUAAUACACAGAAUACUCGGUACUACUUCGCAUCGAAUAAAGAGAAUAUUAUGCACUGCAUUAAUGCUAAAAAGAAUAAGCAGGUCACUCAAGAGCAGGAUAUGGAGAAGAUAUCCGGAAACCCUGAGCUUAAUGAUUCCAUAUUCAACGAAACCUUAAAAUCUUCAAUAAUGCUCGUGCCGGAAUUAGCUCAAGCAUUGGGUACGAGUGACGUUAUUAAUGAAACGGAGAUUGAAAGGAUUGCCCGUUUGUUUGAGAAGAUUGUCGAAGUGGCGAUUGAUUCUAAGUCGCAAAAAAUGGUUGAAGAUGCGAUGACGGAAAUUUUGAAUUUUGCCCGAAGAAGUAGUCCAUGUGUAAACAGAAUUUUGACUGAAAAGUUCAAUCUUCUUCCGCCUCAUCAUCGCCUUCUUUUGAUGAAUAGAUGCGCCUCCGAUGAAUGCGGAAAACUUUCACGAAUGUCUCUUCUUCAUGGAAAAUUUUCAGGAAAUGUCCAAUCUUCUCAUCCGCUUUCAAAACUGCAAACAACUCUUUUUGCAAAAGGAUCCAAUAAAUGUUUCAAUUUGGGAAUAAUGUCCGAUGGAGCACCUGUCGAAAAAUUCCGAGUCAUCGAUAUUCCAUCAGUUCGACGAUUCGCGUUGUCCAACAAACACUCCGUGUUUGCAACUAAUCUUGGCAAAUUAUACGGAUGCGGAAAAACUGCGAAUCUCUUGUUUGGAGCUGACCAAGAAUCUCAGAAGAAUGGAUAUUUUAUGAUGCCGACGGAAAUAGCUCUGCCCUUUGGUCCAGAAGAGAAUAUUUAUGAUAUUGCUGCGGCCGACACAUAUACUGCAAUUUUGACCAACGAAAAGUUAUACAUAAUUCGUCCCAACGACUCAUUGCUCGUUGACUUCGACAACAGAUGGACAGAAUUGCAACCAAACCUGUUUGUGAUUUCUUGGCGUUCCGUCGAAGAUGCCCCGAAUUUGGCUGCUCUCCUAGAUGUCAAUAAACCUGCUAAAAAAUCGCCAACGUCACUGAAGUAUUAUGUCCUAGCAAGACAGCAUAGUUUGCUUGUUUAUGGAAAUAACAAUGUACACUAUCUUGAUAUUGGUGAACCAACUUUUGAUGUAGAUUUUCGACGAUUUAUGAAGAUUACUCAAUUCGAUAUCUCGGCAAGCCAGGUUGAAAUAUACAACGAAAGAGAAAAACACACGGUCUAUCUGUUGGGUUUCCUUAAUUUAAACGGAACAAACGCGGACAAGCAAACUCUCGAACUACAUUAUUGCUAUCACGAGCACGAAACUCAACGAGAUCCGCUCGUUUUACUAGUCAAUGGUUACGAAGUAACAGGGUCUGCGGUUCUCAAAUACAAAGUCAACACGUGCAAAUUGAAACGGGAAAGAGUUGCCGAUGAUCUCUAUGCAUCUUAUAAUGAAAGGGCACUGCCAGUUUCGACAAAAGCUAAAAUGUUUAUGAAAAAAAUAAUAUUGGAAAAACUUCAAAUUACGAUUCCCGAGACGGUGGAAGCGAUCCUAGAACGCCUUGAUCGCCUCAAAAUUCUUGAUGAGCUUUUUGACAAGUAUAAAGUAUCAGCAAAAUGUUCUAAGGAAGAAAUCCUCAGUGAUCUACGAUUUUUACAAUAUUUGGUUACUCCGGACCUAUUCCUGCAUGUCGGCUGCUUCUUUAUUAUUGAUAAAGACAAUUAUCCAAAAGACCUUUCCGAUGAAUUGACAGUUAUGAAGCGUUUAAAAGAUCUUGAAGAGAACUACAAUAUGUUUUGCAUGAACAAAGGCGGAAGACAGCGUAGAUUCAUGAGAACCGCUGUCCAUGAAUUAAUGUUUCGCAAUAUUUUAAGUCCAGAAAAUCGACACGUCGCGCAGCAAUUUCGCUUCCGUCAUGAUAUGGCAGUUACGAGAUUUCUGGCAGAAGGAAAACCGAAGACGAUUUCUGAGCAAAUUGACCGCAUUGUGAAGAAAUUCGCUUCCCUUCGUUUCGGCGAACCAGAUAAUAGACGGCAUAUGUGGGCGUUGAAAAUAUUCUCCGCAGCGAUUUGUCGAGUUGACUAUAUUGCCGCACAUGGGCAUGUCUAUCCUGUUACUGAAGAUGAAGCAAGACCAGAAGUGACUCCACGUUUCCGUUCUGAGCGAACUGAAGCUAUUCUUAAGAAAAAAAUUGAGGCCGGAUUAUUGACCGCGGAAGAUAUAUCUCUUAGGAGAAAAAUUAGCGUUGAUGUCGAAUUGCAUAAGGUUGUACAUUACAAGGCGAAUGCGGAGAUUUUCGCUGUCUCGCAUCCCAAAUUCUGCAUAUUCUUCGAUGAUAAUGGAAAUAUCAAUCUAGGAGAGCUUGCACGAAACAUAAUUUACGAUGAGCGACACAUGGAAAAGAACGUUAUUCGGCUAUUGCGAGACUAUUUUUUCCAACGCGGAGCUUACAGUGUGAAGAUUCCAGAAGAUGAUUUACCGCUUUACAAUGAGCGAAUGUUACUUGUUGGUCUGGCUUUGAGACCAGUCAAAUGCUUCAAUCGAUACAUUCAUUGCAUUGCCGAGAAGUAUAAUCAGAAUAUUCCGGAAUCAUUCUUUCCUGAACGUACUAGAGAAUGUGAUAAAGUGAUAUUCGAAACGCUGGAUCAAAAGGAAAUCGCUGUUCACAAGAAUUUCCUUCUUCUUCAUUCGGAAUCUUUUUUGGCACAUUUACGAUUCGAUGUUAACAAUGCACGUAAUGGUCGCUACGGGAUUGAGAUGGAAGAAGAGCAGCCGAAAGAGCCAGAGCCUAAAAGGAUUAAAGUUGAUUUCUCUUCGGAAAUUGUGCGUAACGCAUUAAACGCGCUUCGAGAUCCUGCCACUUUAUAUCAGUUGAAGCCACAGCAGAUUGUUGAGGUUUUGUGUUUCUGCAAUUUCAAUCUGAUGGAGGAAAUCACUGAAGAUUGUCUUGAUAUCCUUAUCGAGAAGGUCGGUUCUUAUCAGAUGGGUGUGAUUUUCGAUAUGUAUAACAACCCGGUGUUUGCGGAUCUCAUACCUUCGCGAUUCAUCAAUGAGCCGGAGGUGCUUGGCUCGGCGAGCACAGUUCCACUUCCAAUUAGACUGGCUCAUGACGUUUCGGUAUCAUUGCCAGAUGAGAGUUCCAUGUUCCAAAUGUUAACAACAAGAAAGUAUUUCUUGGGUAACAUCGAUGAUGAAGCGAUUAUUAAUUAUUUGAAUACGAACGCUCCGACCGAAGCAUCGAUGGCAGUGUUGAUUAACGACGGAGGUGAAGUUAUUCUAGAGUUAGAAUCUGAUGAUGAUGACGAGGAUGGCGAUAUAGCGAAUCAGUUUCUAGGAAUGCUAUACGACUUUGGACGUGAUGAGAAUAUGGUUCGACCGCAGGCGUUGAAUCAGAAUGAGAAUCAGAAUGAGAGUGAUAAUGAGGAGGCAAAUCGGAAUAGAAACGACGAAGCGGAUCCGAUGGGAAAUGCGGAAGAAAAUGAGGAUAGAAAUGAAGAAGCCAAUCAGAAUAGAAACGAAGAGGCUAAUCAGAUUGGAAAUGAAAUAGCUAACGGAAACGGUUUCGAGGUUGUUCGACAUAGAUACCCUAAUCCAGUUCCGGCCGACAAUGAACUUGAUCGUCGGUAUGGACGGGGAGCUGCGUUAUUUGCCCGACAACACCUCGGACAUUUCGCAAUUGAGCGUCCUGAAUUUGUUCAUGCAUUUAUGUCGUCAUUACAUGAUGUAUUUCCUGAUCUGCAAGAAGCUCAAGAUAUUGAGAGACGGGUGGCGGAAGAUGCAGCAGCUGCAGCGGCGGAAAUGAGGCCAAGAGUAAGUCGGCCGCCAAGAAAUGCGUACGUGAGAGCCGACGAACUUCUUCUGCCGAGAGAAGCGGUUAAUCCAUGGAAUCAAAAUGCGUCAGGAGAAGGACCAUCGAAUUCUUCUAUGGAACCGUCCUUAUCAGAAGGACCUUCUUCUUCAAAUUCUGAACCGGGUCCGUCAAAUUCAACAAUUUCUUUUGCCAAAAUUCAGGAGGAAGAAGAAGCUCUUGAAAGACGUCGAAAUGGUCUUGAUCGUACCAUACAACCAUUGGCGUUCGUUGAAAUGGAAGAUUCGGCGAUUGCGCAAAUCUCUAGUGUUCUUCGUAGUCAACACAGAGACGGCGCUUCGAUUGAAGUGAGGUUGGCACCAAGUGAUAAUGAAGAAGGAAAUCCAAUAUGGGGAUCGAUGCCCGGAUUGGGUGUGCCUCAAGUCAGUGGUGAACUAGUCAUUGAAACGGUUUCUUUAUAUGGACGAUUAAUUGAUUAUGGAAUCGAGCAUGACGAUGCUUCUUUGGUUGACGAAACUGUUCAAGAUGUGCUGAAAUAUCUUGAAACGACGAACCAUUUCACUAAACGAAUUUUUGUUGAACAACUUUGCCAGUUGCCGGUUGAAAACCGAGCUGUUAUUUCUCAAAGAAUGAGCAAUGGCCAGCGAAAUCCCAUUUCUAUCAUGAGCUUGUUCUUUGGAGAGUUCUCUGGAGAGAAUCGAAUGAUCACAUGGUCUUCAAGAAUAAACGACGGGCAACCUGUUGAUAAAUAUAUGGUGAUCCCAGUACCGCCGGUGAAGCGCAUUGCAAUGUCUAAUCAUCAUACAAUACUCUUGACAAACAUGGGUGUCACCUAUGGAUGUGGAAAAUCGGGCAAUUUUUUCGACACGGGUAUUGAUCCGAGAACUUAUAAAUCAUUCAGUUUGACUCCCCAAUUGAUACCAUAUUCUCAUCAAGAUGAUAACAUGAAUUGUAUUGAAAUCGGCGCGGCUGAAACUUAUACGGUUAUGUUUUCUCAUAACAAGCGUAAUUUAAAACACUCAUUGGAGAUUGCGGGGCGAAUUCCACAAGCAUUGUAUACAAAUAAUAACAUGUUUUCGGAUAAACGUCCGAUGCGUGUUUGUCAGAUGCUCGUUAAGGAUAACGAACUUAUUCUCAAAAAUGGCGCAGAGAAAAUUAUUCAGCCUUCAAAUGGAGUUUAUCCAAUGGUUAUGCAUAGAGGCUACACUCCGGAAAUCGAACAAGAGUACAAUGCAUUCCAGGGCUCCCUCAAUUUCGGUAUUAAAUCGGCAAAAUUGCAAAUAACAAAUGAUUUGACUCCAACCAUAUAUAUAGCAAUUUGGGAUAUGGAUUAUCAAUUGAAUGACGAUCGUCAUGUUCGUGGACUUAUUUGGGGAUUCCGUCGCACUGGUAUCCUCAAGCAUGUCUACAUGCUUGUUCACGGAUACGACGUCACGACUCAUGAAGUCAAAAAAUUUGACAUUACCAAAACAGGCGAGUUGUAUGUUUUGUUCAAUUCCCACGUUUUGACGCGUGGAAGAUUGGGAAUUUUCAAGGAAAAAAAUUGCGGGAACGGACCAUAUAAUAUUGAUAAUAUCGAAGUAUAUGUAAACUUAGAGGAGGUGCCCGGUGCAGUUGAUGUGAAAGAUUUUUCCAUUUCACCGGACGGCAAGAAUUUCAUAAUGAAUGUGUCGGGACGAAAACGAUCUGCUGGAAUGUACAACGCUGACUACUUCCGAUUGGACACAGAUAUGCUGAGAGGAAAAGAUGACAAUCCUGGAAUCGACGAGCUUGUGGAUCAGCUUGAUCGAAUUCGCAAAAUUGAGAAUGUUAUUGCUAAAUAUGUCACAAUGCCAGCUGCAGAGAAACUUCAUAACGAUAUUCUACGAUCCCUUCAAAUUGUGCGGGCAGAUGUCGAUAAAAUUAGAAGAGUAGAUAUGGUCGAAAACAUUUAUCUUUUAGCUGUAUUGCAUUUAGUGCAAUUAAAUGGAGAUAUAGAGCAAGUCAUGAAUUGUGAAACAGAGGAGGAGCUGUGGCAAAUCGUCAUGGAAACUGUAUCGAAUUCGGUGUUCAUAACCGCUUCGCAGUUUAUGACAUUAAAGCAGAAGUUUCGUCAUCCGAUUCAUUGUACUGAUUUGCGAGGUCAUUAUGCCAAUCUUUCAAGAUUGGAAUUCUCAAGUUGGUUGAUGCAAUUAGGAAUCAAAGAAUGCUGUGUGGAUAAAUAUAAAGCAAUUGUGAAACCCCGUUUCCGCACUGAAAAUAUCGAAGGAAUUUGUGCGAGAAAAUUGGCUAGUGGAAUUAUGACGCCAGGAUGUAUAGAAUUCACUCAUAAGAUUGUUGUCUACACUACCGAUAAUGUUCGAGUCGAGCAUUUGAUCAAUUUCGAAUUGUUCUCGAUGUCACAUCCGAAUUUUGUCAGCUAUUUCAACGACGACAACGAACUAGAUCUGUUGAACGUGGCUAAGACACUUACGUUGAAUAAUCCAUUGUACAUUGAAAGAAUUAAAAUAAUUUUGUAUAACUAUUUCUUCCAUCGCGGAGAAUACUGCCUGAAGUGUCCAAAUGCGAAUACUGAGAAUGAAUUCUUGGCACCUGUUGGACUCUGUUUGAAAAAAUUCCGAGAAGGCAAAACCUGUGUGAAAUAUGAGGUGGUGAAAACCGAAAAAGUGGCCCCUCAUGUUUACCAUCCAGAAAACACUCCGCAAGAAGAUAAAGUGAUCAUUGUGGCAUCUGACGGAGGCCAAAUUUCUGUUCACAAAAAUGUUCUUCUUGUUCAUUCUGAUAUGCUGUUGGCAAAAACGCGUUUUGAGAAUACCCCUGGGCCGAUUUGUGUGAAACCGGACCAGUCUGAAUCAAUUGUUCGUAAUGCAUUGGAAGCCCUCCGCGACCCUAUAAUCUUGUAUGAUUAUGAUAUUGCUGAUAUUUUGAGAAUACUAUUCUUGUGCGAUUAUUUCAUGAUGGAUGAUCUCAUUGAAGACAGUCUGGAUGUUCUUUUCGACAAACUGCCUUCCAUCCAAUAUCCAGUGCUCUUUGAUUUGUACACAUUGACGGCUUUCAAGGAUCGUGUUGUCGCACGAAUUGCCAAAAACCCAUACACUUUCUUUGUGAUGCCGCUGCGAGACAAUCCGCCACUGAAAAUGGUCAAAGAGGUUUGCGAGAAAUUACCGCGCAGUGUGGCGAACAAGUUCAACAUUGGCCCAAUGCAGACGGGAAUUUCCGUUAAUUUGAAUCGUGCUGAGACUGUGCGAUUUUUGCACGGAAAUGGAUGUGCCGUUAAAGGGCUUAGGAAUCUCUGCAAAAAGUUUAGGACGAAGUUGCAACAGCUUGGGGAGUUGAAUGAGGAAGAGUCGCAGCAAGAGCCUGAAGAUGAUGUCGAUGAUCAAGAUGGCGUAGUCAUGGAUCAAUUUGAAUAUGAAGAUAAUCAGCCUGAGGAUGCUCAGAAUGAACUCGAGGAAGCCCAGAAUCAGCCUCACGAAUUUCGGAAUCCUUUUGUUGGCUUUGAGUUCAUUGAAAAUUCAUUAGACAAAACACAAGUGCCAUCAUUGGAACUGGAUGAUGAGGAUGUUCGGAAUAUUAUGCAGCAUUACAAUGCUAACUGCCAUCCAAUCGAAAGGGAAUAA